CUUGUUCGAAUACAGGACUGUGGAGUUUACUAGGACUCAUUUGCUUACUUCUCACUUUUGAUGGUGGGCAGUCCCAUGUGAAGAGAUUAGUACUUAUGCUGAAGCAUCCGAAGAGAAAAUAAUUAUGGCACAGAAGAAUAUUGUUAAACAAAAGGUGGCUCCCUUAACAUCACGGACCAUGAGACGUAUUAGUGCUGAAACUGUUCUUGAAACAGAUACUCCUCGUACUUGUGAGCUGAAAAAUUUGCGAAUCAAGCGUCUGGCUUAUUUCUGUGAUAGCAAAAGAUCUAACAUGCUCAGUACCAAACCAGCUCUGCAUUCUACUAGUGAGGCAUGCUUAGAAUCCGAAAAUAAUAGCAAAACAGAAAUACAGACAUCCACAGCAUGUGAUUUUCUGCAACCUUGUGAGCUGAGAUGCAGAAAUGAGAGACUUCAAGAAGUGCCAGAAACAUGUCCUCAGAAUAAUGUGGAGAAAAUGGCAAGCAAGGAUAUGGUCACUAAUAUUAUUCCUGGAAAAGAAAUUCCAUUUAUAGAUCCAGAUUACAACUUGCUAGAGGACAGCUCUGUGCCAGAAACUGAAAAGCUACGCCACGUCAUAAAUUGGGCACAGAAGGUCAUUAGCAGGCCACAGUUAGAGAAUAAUGACAUCACAAAUUCACUCGAUUUUUGCAGCACAGUGCUUAGUAACAAGGACACCUGCAGAGAGUUAAAUAAGGAGAGUGAAACAGAAGGCCAUGGGAGUUCACUGUCCUCCUUACAGCAUAGUACAUCUAGUAAACAAGCCAUCGGUUUUCCAGAUUCCACACUGCAGCUUAUUCAAAACAUUUACUUGAACCAUCAAGGUAUUCAUCAAGGUAUUCAUGUUGAUGGGAAAGACAGAGACAGAGAUUGUGACCAGUCUUCUGCAGCAAUCAGCAAUAAGAAUAAAGCAGAUUCAGAGUUCCAUAUAGCUCAGCCCAGAUCAGUAGCAGAAAAUAGAAAGCGGGAUUUGAAGAACAAAAUUAUCAGCAGUGCACCUGACGGGUCUUACUUUUGGAUACCACUUGAAGAUUCUUCUGACGAGGAAUAUGCUGGCAAGACAAAGCGGGUUUCAGACAACAUUAACUACUUAGAAGGUAUAACACACAAUAAUCACCCAGUCGGUACUUCGUUUAACAGACGGAAUGUGGAACAAUUUUUUAGCAGCUCUGACAUACCACUUAAUAGCACUCCUUCUGAGAAGCUGUUUCCUAGAAACCAAAAUAGCAGAGACCAUGCAUGGAUAAAUGAAUUAAGAAAUGACAGAAGUGGAGUAGGUGGUAGCUGUUUAGCAGAGAAUUCCAUUAAGUCUAACUUAAAUAACAUAAAGUAUGAAAAAGAAAAUCCCCAAGAACAAUAUAUCAACAAUUAUUUAUCUUUAGUAUCAGAUCCUGAAAUGCAGGAGGUGCGACCAUCAGUCCUUGGAUUAGAAUUGUUAGCUUUUGAAGAGAAGUGCCUCAAAGAUACCUCAUUCCAGAAUGAUGUCCACACAGGAAGAACCUUUACUGUUAGAAAUGCAGAAAGCUCUAAAGAACACAAUAUGUUCUAUAACACAAUAAUUGCUACAAAUAAGAGUUUAAAUGAGAAGCAGAAGCGGCAAGAAUGUCAAGAAAGUUAUCCAGUUUAUUUUAAAAAUAGUUUCAUUUUACAAUCCCAAGACAGUGGCCUUCUGAAAUAUUGCCCAGACUGUGGAAGUGCCAAUAAUGGUAUGCUAAACUGGUGCACUGAUUGUGAGUGUACCCUGAUUGGCAUACCUGCCCAGUUCAAGCAGAUUAAUAGCAACAGAGACUCAAAGGUAAUGUUUAGCGAUGGCAGGAGAGCUAUUAAUGACCACGUCAAAAUAAAAAAUGAAAAGCUGCUGAAAGACACAAAAUAUGGUCAAGUAGAACCCAAUGACAUGUCAAACAGAAGCAUUUAUCAUCAGUGUUUCCAAGACACAGGAGAUGUAAAUAAUCCCUCAUCAGAUUCAGAGUCUGAUCUUAGUAUGUAUGAAAAGUAUCUUUUUUACAAGGAAUAUCUAAACAGAAAUAAAACUCUAGACCAAGGCAGUAAAGAUACCUUUGAAUUACUUCCUGCUGGUGAUCAUGAACAACUGAAAUGCACUAGGUAUUCUAGCAGUGAUGUAGCUUUAAACACCAGAACUGUUUGCCAGAGUGAGCAGAAGAAAUGCAUUAUAAAGGAAAAAGAGGAAGAACCUAUUUAUGAACAGCUAGAGGCCCCAGCAAACUAUUUCAGUUCCAAAGACACGACUACUGGUUGUGUUGCAGUUAAUGAAACACCCUGGGAUUGGGAGAGCCAUAGGACUGAUACUGAACUGGAGAAUUUCCAACAAGACUACACGGCACAAGGGUUAUAUACAGAGAAACAAUUGGAUAAAGCCCCCAAGGACAGUUCAAAUUUUCUUGAAAAACUUUUGGGUGAACUGGACUUUAAGGAAAAUGACACUUCACAGGAACACAAGACCCCAAAAAAAUAUAGUAAAGAUCUGAAACCACAGAAAAGCAAAUCUGUUCAGCCCAGACUGCCUGGUUCUAAGCGUUACUGGGAGAAGUCAAGUAUUGCAUGGACAUCGUUCACACAUGGAGAACUGAAACCAAGGUCACAAAACAUCAAAAGACCUUCAUCAGCUGACAGUGACAGAAAGACUGCAAAAGAACAUUCUCAAAAAAAGCAGCUGAAAACAGGUAAUCAUUCUUGUUGUUAUUUCUACCCUUAUGAUGUGGUUCAUAAGCAGUGA